GAAUCGGAAUGUUGGCGCGAAGUAUUGUACACCACGUGCCAUUUGCUGUAAAUACGCGGGAAGUCUAUCGCCUCCUUGUCAAAAUUUAGCACGCAGUUUUAUUUUUAAAUCAUUUAAUGUUAAGGGAAACUCAUUUAUUUCCUGUCCUUUUUAAAGAUAAUAAAAGUUUUGAAUUUCCAUGUCCUCGUUGUGUAGAAGAAAUCAUGGUCAAUUUGGCGGUAAAAAUGCUAUCGCUGAUUGGCUCUCGCUCUCAUUGUAGAGUACUCCUGUUAAACAGCCAAUGGGUUCAUUCUGAUUUAUACCAAUAUUACACUCUGCCCGUCUUUCUUUCCUUUUCUUUCUGGAUACACACUUGGUUGUACAUCGUUAACAAACCCAUCCAAGUAGGACGACGUAGAUCUCGUGCAGUGCUUUUCUUUUUAGUAUUAAAAAAGAAUAAUGGCUCUUCAUACAUCGACCAAAGAUAAUGUUCGCAAAUCCUUUGAGGAUGCCAGCAUCAAGGAAAAUUUGUCUCCAAAAAAGCACUGCGUUUCGCCAAAAAUAUCUCAAGAAAAUGGAAUCAGACCAGAAAUUGAUGCAACGAAAGCUGUGAGGAAUCUAAACCUUCAAGAUAAAGAUGUUUUUGACCCAGAGUUGGAACCUCUACUCAAAGAAAAUCCUCGCAGAUUCGUCAUAUUUCCCAUUCAGUGGCCAGAUAUUUGGCAGAUGUACAAAAAGGCCGAAGCUUCAUUUUGGACCGUAGAAGAAGUAGAUCUAUCCAAGGACCUGCCAGAUUGGCAUAAAUUGACUGACAGUGAACGCCAUUUCGUUUCGCACGUUUUGGCCUUCUUCGCUGCAUCCGAUGGGAUCGUUAACGAGAAUCUCGUAGAGCGUUUCAGCCAAGAAGUUCAAGUGACGGAAGCUCGUUGCUUUUAUGGAUUUCAAGUAGCUAUGGAAAAUGUUCAUUCGGAAAUGUACUCUCUUCUCAUCGAUACUUACAUCAGUGAUCCGACACAAAGAGACUUCCUUUUUAAUGCAGUUGAAACUCUACCAUGCGUGACGAAGAAAGCAAACUGGGCUUUAAAUUGGAUAAGUAAUGAUACUGCUACUUUUGCGGAACGUGUAAUCGCAUUCGCCGCAGUUGAGGGAAUUUUCUUCAGUGGCAGUUUUGCAGCUAUUUUCUGGCUAAAGAAGAGAGGACUUAUGCCUGGUCUCACUUUUAGCAAUGAACUAAUUUCUAGGGACGAGGGACUACAUUGCGAUUUCGCUUGUCUCAUGUUCAAACACAUAGUUCAGAAGCCUGAACAAGAGCGUGUAAUUUCAAUUAUAAAAAAUGCAGUAGUAAUUGAGCAGGAAUUCUUGACAGAUGCGUUGCCCGUGGAAAUGAUCGGAAUGAAUUGCAAACUGAUGUGCCAGUACAUAGAAUUCGUGGCUGAUCGGUUGCUUGUCGAAUUAGGAUGCCCAAAGUGUUUUGACAGUACAAAACAAGUACUGGUGUGCAGUACCGCACGCCAGUACUGCGGAGCAUUACCAGCAGGUACUUGUCCAAUACAGAUGCCCAGUACUGUGAAUCCGGUAAUCUGUACUAGGCCAGUACUGCGCCAUCGGUGUAUUUCCGCCUGGGUAGCCUUCAUUGUAAGUGGGUCUACAAUUCAGAAAAUCCAUUCGACUUCAUGGAACACAUUUCGCUCGAGGGGAAGACAAAUUUUUUCGAAAAGAAAGUUGGCGAAUACCAAAAGUGGGGUGUCAUGCAGGAGAGGAGUAAUUUCACGCUCAACGCUGACUUUUAGGAUAAGAUUUAAAACUUCAAGUUGUACUAGGCUAGCAAAUUUUAAACGCAUUUUUCUACAAUACUCUUGAAAUAAAAGUCCGUUUCGCAUUUUGCCCAUAUUUUCCAAAUUUUGAGAGGAAAAAACGGCUGUGUUAUAAAUUGACAAUACCGACCUUUAAAUUCUUAUAUUUUUUAUGACUGCGGAAUAUUUAAAAUUCGUACUAGAAGUUAUAUCCAGUAUAACGAUUGUCGCCGUUGAACGAAUCAGAAGGCUAUAAUUUAUUUCAAGUAAUUAAUUUAUUUUGAGUGUACAUUCGAUUUUGUCCGAAGUAUGUGUAGAUGAUAGAUUGUACUUUAUGUACUUGUCGUUAGUUCCUCUAACUUAAACUCUAGACUAUGGACUCAGGCUUCUUCUGUAUUGUCAUUUCUUGUUAACUAUAUUCGUUGCAUUAUUCUAGGAUUUAAUCAAAAUGUAUAGAAGCUAUUGUUUAUUUGAGACAUUCUAAGAUUUUACACAAACUAAUUAUUCAAAAGAACCGUUUCAGAAUUAAAAUCAGAUGACUUUGCAAAGUGUAACGAUAAAUUAUGUGCCUAAAUUUCGCCCAUAAAGAUCUUACACUUAUGUUUGUAUAUAUUUAUAAUUAUUUUGGUAAUAAAUCAUAUUCUUAAUUUUA